GGAGGAGAUGCGCGUGAAGAGGAAGCACAAAUAACCAAAUAACAGGAAGCAUUUAUUCCCACUUUACAAAUACCCUCGAGCCCCGACUAAACAAACAAGGCACGCGCGCGGAGGGCGGACAUUGGAAUUUAAGCGGGGUUUAAUUUCCUCCGCAUCCUCCUCGGAUCACAGGAAACCGUCCGCCUCCGCCCCUGCUGAGGGAAACAGAUGGAGAAACAGGCCGGAGCUGGCGGAGCGGCCGGGGCGGCGGACGGAGCAGGGCCGAACAGAAAGCCCUGGGGCUCGCCGACAGCUGCACCAUCCGCCGGGGAAACCCUGGACAGUCCAACAGGUUCUCAUGUGGAGUGGUGUAAACAGCUGAUCGCAGCCACAAUCUCCAGUCAGAUCUCAGGAUCAGUCCCACCGGACAUCGUGAUCCGGGACAACAAGGCCAGGAGGAGACCAGAUCUCAUGAUGUCCAAGAGGCUGAAUCCCAGGAACCUUCCAGCUUUAAGAUACGGGGCACAGGCCACAAUGUUCCAGAACCAGGUUCCUCUGCUGCCCGGAGAGACCAUCCAGACCACAGUAAAGGAUGUGAUGUACAUCUGUCCGUUCAGUGGUCUGGUUAAUGGAACUCUGACCAUCACAGACUACAAGCUCUACUUCUCCAGCGUGGAAAGGGAGUCUCCAUUUGUCCUCGAUGUGAACCUGGGAGUCAUCAGCAGACUGGAGACCAUCACCGUCCCCAACCAGGGAGAGAACACCAAAGGACUGGAGCUGGUCUGCAAGGACAUGAGGAGUCCCAGGUUCGCCUAUAAGACGGAGGAGAGUCACCCAGACGUGGUGGAGCUGCUGGCCAAACACGCUUUCCCCCUCUCCCACAGCCUGCCUCUGUUUGCCUUCCUGUACAAAGAGCAGUUUCCUGUGGAUGGCUGGAAGGUGUACGACCCAGCAGCAGAGUACAGACGUCAGGGCCUCCCUAAUGAGAGCUGGACCAUCAGCAAGAUGAACAGCACCUAUGAGCUGUGCGACACCUACCCCUCCGUCCUAGUCAUCCCCACCAACAUCGCAGACGAAGACAUCAGACGGGUGGCCGUGUUCAGAGCUAAACACCGCAUACCGGUCUUGUCCUGGAUUCACCCGGAGUCUCAGGCCACCAUCAUACGCUGCAGCCAGCCGUUAGUCGGACCUUCGGACCGCCGCUGCAAAGAGGACGAACGCUUCCUCCAGAUCAUCAUGGACGCCAACGCCCAGUCCCACAAGCUCACCAUCUUUGAUGCCCGGCAGAACAGUGUAGCAGACACCAACAAGGCAAAGGAUGGAGGCUAUGAGAGUGAGAGCUUCUACUCAAACGUGGAGCUCAACUUCCUUGAAAUCCCCAACAUCCACGUGAUGAGGGAGUCUCUGAGGAAGAUGAAGGACGUGGUUUAUCCCACCAUAGAUGAAGCUCACUGGCACUCUGCCAUCGACCAGACACACUGGCUCGAGUACAUACGGCUGUUACUAGCAGGAGCAGCAAAGAUAGCAGAUAAGCUGGAGUCGGGGAAGACGUCGGUGGUGGUUCACUGCAGUGACGGCUGGGACCGAACCGCUCAGCUCACCUCUCUGGCCAUGCUGAUGCUGGACAGUCACUACCGCACACUCAGAGGGUUCCAGGUUCUGGUGGAGAAGGAGUGGGUGAGCUUUGGACACAAGUUUGCUGCUCGCGUGGGUCACGGUGAUGAGAACCACGCUAACUCCGAGCGCUCGCCUCUCUUCGUCCAGUUCAUCGACUGUGUUUGGCAGAUGACUCGGCAGUUCCCAGCGGCCUUUGAGUUCAACGAGCUGUUCCUGAUCACCGUGCUGGACCACCUCUACAGCUGUCUGUUUGGUACAUUCCUCUAUAACAGUGAGCAGGAGAGGACAGCAAAGGAGGUGCAGACCAAGACCAUGUCCCUGUGGUCCUACAUCAACAGCCAACCCGAGGACUUCACCAACCCCUUCUAUGUGGACUAUGAGCACCACGUUCUGUACCCGCUGGUUUCCUCCAGACACCUGGAGCUGUGGACCGCCUACUACGCCCGCUGGAACCCUCGCAUGAGACCACAGGUGCCCGUGCACCAGGCGCUGAAGGAGCUGCUGAUGCUGAGAGCGGAGCUGCAAAGGAGAGUGGAGGAGCUGCAGAGAGAGGCCUCCACACACUCCCUGUCCUCCUCCUCUGAACACUCGCCCUCACACAACACUGGGACCCCCCUGCACACUGCUGUCUGACAUACACAAAACACACACACGGUGAAUGCAUGUUUUAGCCUGAUCACCAUAAAUAUUGAUGUUUACAAUGUGAAGGAGGCUUUACAAAGAGAUUCCUAAUUUUAUAUUAACAUUCAUAAUUACAUUUUAGCAAAGUCGAAUCUCCUCAAGAUGUUUUGUAAGAUUAAAAAAAAGUAUUUAAAGAAAGCGUUUAAACUAGCCUGACACACCUAUGCUCAUUAUUUAUAUUAUUUAAAAAUCUCUAAAUUGAGACUGACCAGCCUCCCUUGCAUUCAAUUCAUAGGUGGUUUUUUUGUAUAAAAGAUAUCUUCGAUGUGUCUCAGGGCUGUUAUUGACAUGACUGCAGAAGGCUGCCAGUAACGUAAAGUAAAUAGUGAGCUGUGCCAUAGUUCUCUCCAACAUCAUGAGCAGAAACCUUCACAUUGUCAGGUGGAAAAAAAAGGGACGAGAAUCUCUGUUUUAAAUAGGAAUCACAGAAAAUAAGAAUCAUGCAUUGUAAUCCCUAACCUACCUUCCACCUGCAAACGCUGACUGUUAGAUGAGCGCGGCUCCCGGCACCAGGCGGGUUUC